UGCGCAUGCGCAGGGAACCAACUAGGAAGCAAAGCAGACUAUUCUUGACGGAUUAUGUAUCAUCGGUGAGCGAAGGCAGCUGCUUUCGAAUAAUUUAUUUGGGGUUGACAUACUCGCGGAAAGAAGGGAGUCUCUUUAAAAUGGACGGCUGACAGCUAAAAGGAAAUCCAGUGUAAUUGAAUGUACAUUCAAUUGUAUGUAUUAAAAACUGAGCUACAAUGAUGUCAGAAUGCGACCCGACAGAGGCAGAGACCAGCGAGCCUGUGCUGCUGGACAUCGGAGCAACAGCGGUGCCUGCUUCAGAGUGUAACUUUCACUCCUCAGACCCGCCAAAUGUGUUAUUUGACAGGAAUGGGAUAGGGUUUGGACUUGCAGCGAACCCUGGAGCCGCUGUUCGUAUUUCGGACUCUUGUGAAAGCGUGUUAACCGAGCUGGAGACUGACGGCUCCGGCGAAGAGGCGCUGUUGUUACCGUGUUUAGCAGGAAGCUCGUCACCGCGGGGUGUACGAGAGAAGAGGAGCAGGCGGGACAGAGACAGCUCGUCGUCGGAUAAAGACACCCUGGCCUCCCCAGGUAUCAGCGGUGGAGACUUCAACCAUUUUCCUGAGGAUCCUGAGUUUGCAGAUAUUAUCCAAAGGGCGGAACAAGCUAUCGAGAAUGGCGUCUUCCCAGAGAGGAUUUCCCAGGGUUCCAGUGGGAGCUACUUUGUCAAAGACCCAAAAGGGAAAUCCAUUGGUGUUUUCAAACCAAAGUCAGAGGAACCUUACGGUCACCUGAACCCCAAAUGGACCAAAUAUUUCCACAAGCUGUGCUGUCCGUGUUGUUUCGGCCGAGGCUGCUUGUUGCCUAACCAGGGUUACCUCUCGGAGGCCGCCGCCUCGCUGGUUGAUACAAAGCUCGGCCUGGGAGUGGUGCCGAAAACAAAGGUGGUGUAUCUGGCCAGUGAAACAUUCCACUACAGCGCCAUCGACAGAGCCAAAUCCAGGGGGAAGAAGUACGCCUUAGAGAAAGUCCCCAAGGUGGGACGACGCUUCCACAGAGUGGGCCUGCCACCUAAGAUGGGCUCGUUUCAGCUGUUUGUGGGGGGUUACCGUGAAGCGGACUACUGGCUGCGGCGCUUUGAGGCAGAACCGCUGCCGGAGAACAUCAGGAAGCAGCUGCAGUCCCAGUUUGAGCGGCUGGUAGUGUUGGACUACGUCAUCAGAAACACAGAUCGAGGAAAUGACAACUGGUUGAUCAAGUAUGAGAAGCCAGGAGGAGGAGGAGGAGGAGGAGGAGGAGGAGGAGUACAAAAGGAUGCAGAGUGGCGAGAGAAUGUUUCCGAUUCCUGCACCAAGAUUGCAGCAAUCGACAACGGCCUGGCCUUCCCCUUUAAACACCCGGACGAAUGGAGAGCCUACCCGUUCCACUGGGCAUGGCUCCCCCAAGCUAAGGUGGCCUUCUCCCAGGAGACCAGAGACCUGGUGCUGACCCGCAUCUCUGACAUGAACUUUGUCCAGGACCUCUGUGAGGACCUCUAUGAGAUGUUCAAGAUGGAUAAAGGCUUUGAUAAAACCAUGUUUGAGAGACAGAUGUCUGUUAUGAGGGGACAGGUGUUGAACCUGACCCAGGCGCUGAAGGACGGAAAGAGCCCCAUCCAGCUGGUGCAGAUGCCCCGGGUGGUCGUGGAGCGCAGCCGCUCAGGCAGCCAAGGACGCGUGGUCACACUCGGCAACGCCUUCACACAAACCUUCCACUGCAAGCGCCCCUUUUUCUCCUCUUGGUAGUCAGAGACGGGUGAGGAGGGCAGCUGACGAGAGACUUCUGCAACAGCUCGUUCUUCUUCUUUAUUUAUUUAUUUCCCAAAGUCAGGAAGCGAGGGAGAAGAUGUGAAUCUGCAGAUUGCUCAUAUUUCUUCAGCAACAGAAGAAAUGAAGAGGAAGACACGGAUGGUAGAAAGUAAGAUGGAGAAACAUUCCUCAUGUUGUGAAGAGAGCGCAGAGAGAUUGGCAAACCAGUGUCUCCGAGAGACCUUGGGGCUGUUUACGGUUACCAUAGUGACUUGAUUGGAUUAUCGGCUUUUCCACAGAAGUGGGCUUUGUUUAUUGUUGGGAGGCAGAAAGGAUUUUUGUUUACCCACCUCAAGUACCUAGUGAAGUCUCUUGCAAGGUCUCUUAGUGGGGCUAAUGGCCAAAGAAGUACUUGACAGAUCUGUGGCUCAGUGUGUUUGGGGAUCUAAAGUGAUUUUUAAAUAUCUGGGACAGCGUUGUUGCGUUGUCUGGGAUAAAGUCCCAAACUAUUUGCUUUGCCUUGUAGGAUAACUUAAUGAAAUAUAGAUGCACUUGCACUGCUGGAAGUGUUUGACUUGUUCUACAGAACAGUGUUAGUUUUUCAAAACCGCAUCUGUUAAACAAACCCAGUGUCUUCAACUCUCACUACUGCCAAAAUCUGUGUGGAAGGAGUUCAAAAGCCUCAAGGAAAGGAAUAGUGUUGAAACUUGAAUAUAGCAUUUGGGGAAGGAGGACUUGUAAUAACAACAUUGCUUGAAUGUAAUCUGUUUACGGUUUCUAUAUAGAUUCUUGCUCCUAAACAUUUCAAUACGAGUGAAUGCUGUCAAAAAUAUACUAUUUUUUUCUUCUUCUUCGUAACAAUGAAUGUAUUUGUUGUUUGACAUGUAUUUAAUUGCUGGCAAGCAGCUUUCUCUUGAACCUCGUGGCGUGGGGGACGGCACCUCGUCCCCGACCUUUAUGAUACAUUAUAUGAAGAGAAGAAACUAAACGGAGGACAACAUUUCACACAUGCUCAAUGAUGUUGUGUUUUUCUUAUGUAUGCAUCUUGAAAUUUCUAUUCCAACUCAAUGAUUGUAAGAGAAAAGUUGUAUAUUUAACAGGUGAAAAAAUAAAGAUUUGGGGAAUUUGA